GUGGUGACGCCCCGGGUUACUUAGCAACGCAAAAACCUUGUCCACCAAUCAGAGGCGUUUCUCGGCGCAUUGGUACAUAUCAGGCAGUCAUCGUUCUGACCGCAUGUCCUGCUGGUGAAGUGGAUUCUUCGGGGAGUUCAAAUGUAUUUAUCUAAUCUUGGUCAGAAGAUGGAAAACAAAGAAGAAUCCAGCUGCAGCUCUUCCAGUUGUCUGACCUGGGAUCAGGUGAGCAGGCUGAACGAAGUCCUCACCGACGUCAUCCCCGUUCACGGACGCGGGAACUUCCCCACCUUGGAGGUGCAGCUGAUGGACAUUCUGGCCCGCGUGCGGCGCCGCCUGGAGCGGCGGGGCAUCAGAGUACAGGACAUCCGCCUGAACGGCUCCACGGCCAGCCACGUGCUGGUGCAGGACAUCAGCUGGAGCUUCAAGGACCUGGACGUCAUCUUCAGGGUGGACCUGCCCAGCGAAGCAGAGUUCAAGCUCAUAAAGGACGACGUCCUGGACAUUCUGUUGGACUUCCUUCCUGAGUGCGUCAACAAAGAGAAGAUAACCCCCAUGACUCUCAAAGAGGUCUACGUCCAGAAGUUGGUCAAAGUCUACACGGAGCAGGACCGCUGGAGUCUCAUCUCCCUCUGCAACAAAAACGGCCGCAACGUGGAGCUGAACUUUGUGGACUCCAUACGACGGCAGUUCGAGUUCAGCGUGGACUCCUUCCAGAUCGUGCUGGACCCCAUGCUGUCCCAUUACGAGCACGUGCAGGCGCCCCUGUCGGAGGACUCCCACCCCAUCGUCAUAGGGGAGAGCGUGUACGGAGACUUCAACGCUGCACUGAACCACCUGCGCAACAAGCUCAUCGCCACCAAGCGGCCGGAGGAAAUCCGCGGCGGCGGCCUGCUCAAGUACUGCAACCUGCUGGUGCGGGACUUCCGUCCUGCCAACCAGGAGGAGUUCAAGGCUCUGGAGAGAUACAUGUGCUCGCGCUUCUUCAUCGACUUUCCCGACAUCGGGGAGCAGCAGCGUAAGGUGGAGCUGUAUCUCCAGAUGCACUUCAUCGGGGAGGAGAAGAGCAAGUACGACUACCUGCAGAUCCUGCGGAAGGUGGUGAACGAGAGCACGGUGUGCCUGAUGGGCCACGAGCGGCGCCAGACCCUCCACCUGCUCUCCCUCAUGGCCUUGAGGGUCCUGGCUGAGCAGAGCGCCAUCCCCGACGCCUCGUCUGUGACGUGCUACUAUCAGCCGGCGCCGUACGUCAGAGACCACAACUUCAGCAACUACUACGUGGCCAGCCAGAACAUCCCCACCUGGCUGCCGUGUAACUGACAGGACGAGGCGCCCUGAAGUCGGGCCUCACCGAAGCAACCAAGAAAUGAAAAAAAAGUGAAAAAUUAUGAAAUGGAUCCAAAAAAAGUAAGCAGUGGCAAUAAAUGCAGCGAUCCUCUGCAGGCACCAGUGAAGUGGCCAAGUGUUUGUUUUUUCUUUUGACUCUCUGGUCAUUCCUUUGCCACAAAGGUGACGUCAUUAAAGAGAAGGCGAUACUUUUUAGUGUUCUUCAGUUUUUGUUUUUUUUUUCUUGUUGAUGGCUCAGAGAUGUUUGUGCCUUAAACCUGCAGCUUCACUCCUCCAGCACUUUGACCAGCAAGGAUUGUUUGAAAUAUGGAGCUCAGAUUUCAGCUCUUUGGUGUUAAAAUACGAAAAAAAAAAAGUAUAGAUUGAGCUGUUCUUUGGUAAACUGCUAAUUAAAAGAAAGCAAAUGUAAAUGUGUGAAGAGGAUGGGGUCAUUUGAAGGCCUCACAUUAGUGCCACCUCUGAAGUCGGUGUGUUAUUUGUAAACGAUGCUGAAGGUUUUAUUUCUACUGUGAAUCUUGAUCUAGACCCCCCCCCUGUUUGAUCCAGUUACCUCAGGCCGGGGUUCAGAUUUCGGGGUUCAAUUCCCUUCUUUGUUUCCUUAAAGAGGUCAGUCCUGACUGUCGAGGGAAUGUGGCCGGCGGGCGGACGGAGUGUCCGGCGCCGAACAGCCGCCUCUUCCCUUAAAAGGAGCAGCACACGGAGACCCGGCGGGCCCCCGCGGGUCUGACAGGAGCCCUGAAAGGGGAUCCUCCUCUGACGCAGCCGGGUCAAGCAGCUAAACUUAUCCUCCGUCUCCUGGAGGAGCUGCGUUUUUAGAGUGUGGGGGGGUAACGCGUGUCCUGUCCCCGCCAGGUGCCUGCAGCGUUUGAACCCCUUUUUUGGUCACGGGAGGACAGACCGCGUCUCUCCUUCCAGACUUAGAUUUUGAUGAAUGUGGAAACGACCCCCCCCCCACAUGAAUUUCUAUUUCCAGUAGUCUAUUAUUAUCUGAUAAUGUGUCGUGGCGUGCCUUCACUAUCAUGUCUUUAACCUCCUCCUGUCUGUGGAGCAUUCCUCCUGAAGUGCUUACACAAGUACCCCGCCUGCUUCUCUACAGGGUCAUUUUCCGCCCUGUCACAGGGCCGAUAACUGCUGGCGGGGCUUAUCUGUGUGACUCGAGCACAGAAGUUCACCCACAGCCUGAGUCCUGGGGGUGGGCUCACGCUGAGCGGCAGCUGAACACCAAACGUGCCUGUCCUCUCUGCCACCUUUUAUUCAUGCUUUUUAUUGGGGACAGCAGGGAGAGCUUCAGUGGGGGGUCUGGGUUUUCCCGUGUUGUGAGCUUCUGGUUUGGUCAUUUAGUUGAGCUUCUGUCAGUGGGUUCAAAUCCAGGACCUGAUAGUUGGUCCUCCUGCUUUACCUGCUCCACAGUAACACCUGAGCAGGUGUUUGGAGGACUGUAGAUGUAGAGGUGCUCUCUGAGUGGAUUGCAGAGCUGAAGCCUGUUUUCUUAAGCUGUGGGAGUAAAUGGGCUUCAGGUGACUUUGACCUUCAUGUAGUGCUUUGACUCUUAUUGGUCGCCUUUACUCCAGCCGUGGGGCGGCUGUGGAGAACUUCCCUCUGAAAUCUGUGCUGCGGUUCUCCCUCAGAGCUCAAAUGUGAAAACUUUACUUCCAGAGGAAGUUGGAUGCAGAUGCUGAAUCCCUGUCUUUAUCAGGGUGGUGUACAUGUCGAGGUGGGGGGGUGAUUUUUAUGUUCCAGUCUAUUACUUUUCUGCUGUAAGAUGUUGGUACCAGUCCCCUGCUCCUCUGUUCAGUGUAACUAGUGUUUUUUUUUUUUUUUGACACCCGUGUGUAUUUAUCCUUUGGGGGGGGUGAUGUAAAUAUUAGUGGUUCUGCUUGUCAGAAGUACAAGUCUUAACCAGAGGAAUGUGAUGGAUGCUGCAGACGCUCUCCUGCUGCCUCCACAUGCAGACGUUUGCAGCAGAUGUGUUUACGUUGAUGCAGGGGGGGUGCACGUGUUCAUGAUGGGAUGCCUGUGGUGUUAAGUUAAAAAAAAAAAAUGACACGUGUAGCAUCUUUUUUUUUGUUGCUAUGGAAACCCAAACAAGUGUUGUCAGCUUUAUGAUUGGGAAGAUGACUUGGAAAGUUCCAGCCUGUUUAAUUUUUCAGCACUUUUACCUCACUUGAGUUUGAAAUGUACAUGUACAUCAGGACCGUGUGUUUGAAGAGGAAGAUAUGAAUAAAGAUCAUUAUGUGCACCA